GACUUUCUUGAAGGCGAGACUAUCUGAUUGGCAGGCUGUUAAUCAGAGGUGCAUCGACUUCACUUUUGCAUUGUUAAAGAUUCUUUGCUAAAACAAAAACUGAAACAUAACUUUAUUAUUUAUAGAUUAUAGACAAAUUUUUCCUUUAAGCAAGUCCCAAAGAGCAUUUCACGGAAAGGCCUAUUAACAUAGGAACAUCUAGAAAAUUAGAGGGUUCUUGAAAUUCCUAGGGGGGAGAGGAAAAAACAAUUAGACAUGGCUAAACGAAAACAUUCCUUUACUAUAUCGAGUGCAGUUGGAAUUGAAUAACUGCUUGAAAAAAAUAACGCAUUUAAAAAAUAUUUAUUGAGCAAUAAAAAGUAAUAUAAGUAUGCCAGUAAACACGUUCGCCGACACUCAGACCUUGUCUCCUUUACAAUCCCUCCCUGCCCCGCUCGAACUUUACGUGGGCAACGUGGGGGAAAGAAAGCCAGUUGGGGAAAGACUUCACGUGCUAGUAUCACGCUGUUGUCAGAAGCGAGUGAGCGACGUUCACUGUCCGAGACCAACAUACGAUCAGAGUUGUGGUUUGAGACCCGAGCUCAGACGAGAGAGUUGCAGUCUCCAUACGCCACUGGUCACAGAGCGGUCAGCCACCAGCGAUUAUCAGACAUGGCAGUCGGAGGACACAGUCUCGCCGUCAUCGGAGAAGAAGACGACCCAGGCGAUCCAGCAUGUGCCUGGUGCGAGGACUUUCACCGGCGAACCAAGGUCCUGCCUUGUGUCCACACCUUUCGUUUUCCUGAUUUUGCAGCCGCAGAGUCUGAUGGCUCUAAGGCAUAUAAGGACAUGCCAGCAGGCACGGAGUCUGACGACGCUGAUCCAUUCGUCGGGAUUUCACCGUCUGAGAUCCGAAGACCACGACCCUACUUCUGUGUGUGGUGCGAAGAAAUGACUCGUUUUGUGUGUGAAAUCUGCGAGAUGCCUAAAGCUGAAAUGAAAAAAUAUCAGAACCAGUUCUUCGUCGACCUUUCUAUUGCCCACCAUAAGUCAUCGGUGAUGAGCUGCAGUGGUCACAGCUGUACAACUCCGGCAGCCUUCGCCUGUUGUGACUGCCAGAUGUUGCUGUGCCCUCGCUGUCGUCAAUCGCACGACACCAUCCCGGCCACCGGCGGCCAUUUGAUGCUGCGUCUCUGCCGUCGGACCACCAAGUCGGAUAUUCCUGAUUCUGUCAACCCCGUAACGGAAAAUCUCGUCCGCUUGAAACUGGGGAGGAAGGCAGAGACGGACAGGAAGGCAGAGACGACCUGCCCAGUUCACCCUGAAAACGUCAUGACCCUAUACUGCCAGCCAUGCAAGCAGCUUGUGUGUCCGCUUUGCCAGGAGACGCCCGACAACCCUCACGAAGAUCACGUGGUCGUCACCGUGGAAGCCGCGGCGGAGGAGGGCCGGGCAAGGGCAUCCAAGCUGCUGAAGGAGCUGAACGGGGCGCUGAAGGUACAGAUGGAGGAGCUGGAGGGGCUGGAGCGUAAGGAGGAAGGACUGUCGCGGCGCCGGAAGCACUACAUGGACGAGGGCGCCAAAGUCGUCUCGCGAAUCACCACCUCGCUUCACGCUGCCGUCGGCAAGAUGACACGCCGUAUUAACGAGGUUGAGACCGCCGUGCUGAGCCAGAUACACAGCAAAAAGAUAGCCGUACGUCUGCACCACUCCACGCUGGUCAAGCUGCAGGGUCAACUCAUUCACGCCUUGGACAUUGAGGACCCUCGCCUGGCCCUGGAGCUGGUGCCAGGACUGGAGAGCCGCGCGACAUCUUACCUGGCGGACCAGACCAGGCAGCAGCAGGAGUCGGCGGGAGGAGGGUCGCGAGUGGAUCCAGUGGUGACCUUCGAGAAGGAACUGCGCGCGCAGCUGAAGACGCUGGAGCAAGCCUUGCAGACAGUGGCCGGCUUGUUUUUCUACGAAACUGGCCACAUUGAACCCCUUUAAGGCUUCUUGAUGAAAUCAUGACCCAGGAUGAAGAAUUACGAACGUGACUUUUUCUAUUGGUUAGUGAACAAAUGUUAAAUGAAUCUUUUCCAUCUUUAUAGAUUGUCUUCUGCCUUUUUUCUCUUUUUUUACAUUUAAAGAGCUGUACCUAGUCAGAGUCGAGCAGUAACUUUUACGAGCCAGAACUAGUUACUUCUGCUCGUUCUCAGGUGUAGUCAACUUUCAUCAGUACCUGCUGAUGUUUGUAUAAGCCAUGUGCUUUUUGUUAUUUAUAAAACCGCAUUGGAACAUUUUUCCUUUCCGUCUUUAGUUUUGCAAUAA